AUGAUCAAGUACUCGCUUGGCUUGGCCGUCAUGGCCAUGCUUGCGGUGUCUGCGCUUGCUGCGCGGAACCAGGACCUCCUUGCCGAGGUGCCGGGCUACGGCAAGCCGCCGACGGCUCAGUACUCGGGCUACCUCGACAUCACCCCGCAGAAGCACAUGCACUACUGGUUUGUCGAGUCUGAGGCCGGUCCCAACGCCCCGCUUGUCCUCUGGUUCAACGGUGGCCCCGGCUGCUCGUCAAUGGAUGGCUUCUUCUACGAGCAGGGGCCGUUCCGCUUUGCACCGGGCUCGUCCGGCGCGCCGGUCAAGGGCGCGCUCGUCGACAACGUCGGCCGCUGGAACUCGUUUGCCCACAUGCUGUUCAUUGAGGCACCCGUCGGCGUCGGCUUCUCCUACACCGACAUCAAGAACCUGCCGCUCAACGACACCCAGACUGCCGAGGACAACCACGCUGCGCUCCUCAUGUUCCUCCAGUACUUCCCCGAGUACCAGCAUAACCCGCUGUUUAUCUCUGGCGAGUCCUACGCCGGCAUCUACGUCCCGACGCUCGUCGAGCAGAUCCUUGCCUCGAACAAGGCCGGGACGACGAACCUCAACCUCAAGGGCAUGGCCGUCGGCAACGGAUGCAUCGGCUCGGAGGUCGGCGCUUGCUCAGCCAACGGGCUCGGCAUCCACCUGGACUUCCUCUACGCGCACGAUCUGUUCUCGCCGACUUCGUACGCCAACCUGACGGCAAACGGGUGCACCAACCCGGCGUCGACCAACCCGGCGUGCCCGGGCAUUCUCCAGGCCAUCUCCAACGAGAUCGGUGACAUCAACAUCUACGGCAUCUACACUCCGUGCGUCGGCUCGGUGCUGAGCAACGCCAAGAUGACCUCCGGGUCUGGCCACCCGCUGACCCAGCUCGGCGGGCCCGACGAGUGCAUCGACUCGGCCCAGGCCUCGCGGUAUCUCAACGACCCGGCGGUCAAGAAGGCCAUCAACGUCAACUCGGACAUCACCUGGGCCAUUUGCUCCAACAUCCCCUACACUGCCAACACCAAGUCGCUCCUCCCGCGCUACCCGGCCAUGAUCUCCGCCAUCAAGGUUCUCAUCUACUCAGGCAACGUGGACGCCUGCGUGCCCAACACUGGCACCCAGGAGUGGACUGCCUCGCUCGGCUACCCGGUCGAGACUCCGUGGCACCCGUGGACCUACGAGGAGCCUGGCUCAGGCACCCAGGUCGGUGGCUACGAGAUCAACUAUGCCGCCAACGGCUUUACCUUCAAGUCCAUCAACGGCGCCGGCCACCCGGUUCCGAGCUACAAGCCGUACGCCGCCCUCAAGAUGAUCACCGACUUUGUCAAGUCAGCCCUCUAA